UUCUUUUACUGAUAUACUGAUUUCAGUCUCAACUACAGCUGUUGCACGAAGGAGGAAGAUUAAAGAAGCUUCUGCCCCAAAAGAGUCUGAGACAUCUAAAAGCGACAAACCAAACGAAAGUGAUUCGAUCGUCACGGAUAAGAAGCCCACGAGCUCGAAACCCCCAACGGGUUCGAAGCGUAAAGCUUCUUCGACCAAUGCCUCAGAUGGUGAAGACAAAUCUCCUCCUCAAACUAGACAAGGACAGAAAAAGAAACACAAAGCUGUUACCCCUUCAAGAAAAGGGAAAAAGGCAAGUCCUUCAAAAGCUGCUUCUCCUGGCAAUAAGGCGUCUUCUGAAGAGUCUCCUUUGAAGACUGCCAGCAAUGCUCUUGUUUUGGAAAGUCAUAACUCAAGCCCAGACAAUAAUCCACCCAAGGAUGAUGCUGGCACUGCUACUUCUGGUUUCAAAGACCCUGGCCUCACCAUUGAUGUUGAUAAACUUUAUGAUACUUCUCAAGCUAGAACCCAUGUUCUCUCACCAGUCUUCGAAGACGUUAGGCCAAUUGCCACUAUAUUGCCUAAUGAGCCAAUCGAAGAAAGCCAAUCUACUGACGAAUCCCCACCUACUCAUCAAGGCAAAGAUUUGGAAGAGGAUCAUCCAUUCUCCGGCAGCGACAAUGUGAACCAGCAAUCACAUGGCAACGAAGAUUCUGCAUCGGAGAAAGAUGCCAUGGAGGAGAUUUCUCAACCAGAAAAACCAAUUUCUCAAGGAACUUCGACUCCCGAUGUAAAAACUAUUCCUGAGACAACUUCGACGCCUGCUCCUACGAAGCCUACUCCUUCGGAGCUUGAACAACUUAAACAAACUGAUCCUCUUGGGUUCCUAAGGGCUAUCAUGAAUGUGAAUACUUCUUCACUUUCGGAGCCUGAUGUCUCUCCAGCUGUAACUGCAGAUUCUAGUGACAAGGAAGAUACUCCUAAUCUUCUUCGACAGAUAAAAGAGAGAUUCUUUGGGGUCAAUCUUGUAGAUGUUCUCAACCGGGACCCUGUUAAAAGCUACAACUUAAAUCAACUUUUAAAGAAAGUAGAUUUGCUUCAAGUUUCCCCAGAAGUCUCAGAGAUGAUUGUUCUGCUAGGCUCUCUCCUUGAACAACUCCAAGCUGACAUUCUUCGAAAGCAAAACGUCGAGAAAGAAUUAUCUGAGAUAGUGGCCUCUCAUGACUCUUCAUGGAAUUCUGCUGUGGAAGCCACAAAACAAGGUGAAGCCCUCAAGCUUAAACAUUCGGCGAAUCAAAAAGCCAUUGAUGAAUAUGAGAAGAAAAUCAGCUCCUGGAAACAAGAAAUAAAAAUGCUCGAGGGCAAGAUAAAGGAAGCUGAAAGUAGCCAAGCAGCCCUCCAAGAAUCUAACCAACAAGAUUUGCUCGAAGUGGUGCAGUCAGGAAUCAAACAUUUCGAGACUGCACAGAAGUUAGUGCCAGAGAUCGAAAAGUUGAAGAAACAAAGGGCACUAAUUGAACUUCGAAUGUCCUCAUGGGAAACUCAAUAUCUGAAGAUCAAAAGGGAUCUCCCUGAGGACUUUAGCUAGAUGUCUUCAAUCUUGUUUCAUUUGUUGGAUUUUUAUUUUGUAAUCGAGACAUAUAAUAUUUGUACGCCUGACUCCCAUUUCUAUCUAUAAUAUUUGCUUGCACUAAUUUUAACAAAUCUUUCAAUUUUCUGCCAAAUAUAUCUUUAGAUUUCCUACAGUGCUUUUAUUAAAUACAACAUGUAGAACCUGAACAUCCUUCGCAGCACUCUUGCCUCUAGACUUGACGUUUCCACUUCUUCUAGCCAUAAUCAUUAUUAAAAGUGACGUCACUUUCUCCAAAACGUCGGUUUUCAGACGUGCGUGCAUCAGUUUAAUGAUUACUUUUCAACUUCCAAGGGCGGGAAACGGCGGAGGCCAUAACUUCUUACUUUGAAAAACGAACCGCAGUCUAAUCACUCAUUAAAAAUGUAAAACCAACCUUCAGUAUUCUCCUUCUAUAUAAAGGGUUCCAUAUCACUUUUAUUUCUUCAUUCAAGUAUUUCUUCCCCAAACCAAAACACAGAAAAAAGAGAAAACACAACUCUUUCCUCUCAAACACCAUUUUUCCCUGAAAUGGCUGGAAUUCUCUCCUUUAACGAUCUCAAAGCUCUCAUCAAGGGUGAGUUCAGACUUGAUGAGGAUGAACUCCUUCGUCAUUUCAUUAACAUUGAAAAUCUCUUUGCUAAUCAGGAACUGAACUUCUACUUUGAGGAAGUCCUGGAGGGUGCCAUCUACCCUAAUAUGGUGGCAGAGUUUUGGAUGAAUGCGUCUUUACGCAUGGACCCUGAAGGUAGAGCCACCAUUGAUUCAUCCGUUCGACAUGCUCACCUUAGCAUUACCCCCACCACUAUUGCCAAUCUCAUAAGAUGCAAUAACACCGGAGCAACUUUUGAUGAUAAUGUUCUCAGCAUGACUACUCAUAUCAUGUUGAGAACACUCAU